GGAAGUUCAAGUACCAGUCGAGUUCAGCUGAACUCUGUUUUAAACCAAGAUUGUACAACUAGGCCUUAGAGUUACUCUAGGGUUACUCUCACACCCAUAGUGCUUUUUCUAAAGGCAACCCUAUUUUCGUCGAUGGCGCUCUCUAUUGGUGCGCAAUGGAGGUGCCACAAUUCUCAGGAACCCUUUAAAAUCUUAUUAUAUCCCGCCAAUAGUAGUUUCUAUCAUAGCCGCUGGUGGCGCUUCAGUCAGAUCGAGAUCCCAAUUCCCAGUUCAUUUGAAUCUUGAAUCGUUUAAAUCGUUUGUUUAUUGUUUAUCGCGUGUGUGUGUUGUUUUGUACUGACUACUUUAUCACAGAAUACUACUAAGUAUUGUUGUCGUAGUAAGGUAAAAUGGCUGAGGAACAACAGCAGGAGAAGAAGUUUUUUCCGAUCUUCAAUAUAGGAGCCAGACUGCAAAAGAAAGAUGGCGCUGGGACUGCUGGGAGAGAGACGAAAAGUUCUGAUAGGAGAGUAGUGAAGAAAUAUGGUAAAAAGCUUAAAGCGCUACCCCACAACCAAAUGCUUUUAGACGCUGGUCAGAAACGGUUCGGGCAUGCCCAGUGCCCCCAGUGUAGUAUGUUCUUUCACAUGGGAGACCCUAACGACGAAAUUGAACACUCGAAUUACCACAACGCCGUCCCAGUACUCCGAUUUCCUGGUUGGAAAAAUGAACAUUUGGUCGCCGAUUAUCAAUCCCGAGGCCGUGUCAUUCGAGUUUUCUCCACUGACUCGACAUUAUGGCUAAAAAAGGUCAAAAAACUCCUGGAAGUUAUCAAUGGCGAACUUGGUUGCUCAGAUGUCGAGGUUGAGGAUAUAGAUAGGAACACUCAAGUUUACUUGUUUGUUAAAAACCGCACUAUAUCCGGUUGCGUUGUCGCCACUGUGCCGCAAGAGCGCGGCAAUAGGAUGCUGAACACUUACGAGUGUACCGAGCAGUCCUAUCCGAUCAAGUGCGGCAUUUCGCGUAUUUGGGUGGGAGCAAAUUUUCGGAAACAAGGUAUCGCUACUGCUCUGGUCGACGCCGUUAAACGCAAUUUCAUCAGCGGGCAAAUACUGUCGAACGAUGAUGUGGCACUGACUACACCGACUGAGGCCGGAGCAGCUUUUGCCGAGAAAUAUUUCAAGACUCCGAAUUAUUUGAUUUAUUGGAAAUGAUUCUUUCCAGCAUGCGUUGUUGUUUUUUUUUUGUUAUAGGUCUCAUCAAAUAAUUAUAGAGGAUAGUUGUAACUUUCCUUCCAUUAGAGUAGCUAAUUGAUUAG